GGCAACAACCAUCUCAAGGACAUACUCCAAGGGCGUGUUUGUUUUGGUUUUGGAAUGUCUGCGGUAGAUUGAGAAAAGACAUAAUUUGCCGCAAUGUCUGUAAAAAAGAUGAAAUGUAUUUAUAAAGAAGUUGUUGGAACAUUGACACCAAAAUAUAUCAUCGAAAACAAUACUGAUCUGCCCCCUUUAACACGGUAUUCUGUAUUAAUUGAAGUUAAAGCAUGUUCUCUUUCUGAGGUUGAUAUCAAGUUGAUGCAGUUAGUGAGCAGAGAUACUUCUCCUACUCAAUAUAGUGUUGGUAAAGACGUUGCAGGGAUUGUUCGUGAAAUUGGGAAUGCUGUUAGUACAUUGAAAGUUGGUGACGAAGUUGUAGGUAUCAUUCCUUUGGAUUAUGGUUUUUCGGGAUGUGCCGAAUAUGUAGUUUUACAUGAAUUCGAUGUCACUAAAAAGCCUGAACAAGUGAGUUACGUAGAUGCUGCUGCGUGUAUUGGUGAUGCUGUCCGUUCAUAUACUGCUCUUCACUACUUGGGCCGUUUGAGUCAUGGGGACACUGUUCUGAUUAUGGAUGGGGCUUCGGCGUUUGGUAGUCUGUGCAUUCAGUUAGCUCAUCACUGGGGUGCAAAAGUCAUUACAACUAUCAGCUCGGAAGAUGAAAAACUAUACCUAGAAGGUCUGGAUGACCAGCUGGCUUUGGUUAUCGAUCUCCGAAAAAAGAACAACCUGACGCCCUUCCAUACAUCAAGCUUCAGAAAUGGCAACAGUGAAAUGAUAUGGUCUGCCUGUAUGGAAGAAACUGGUGGACUGGGUGUUGAUCUCAUUAUUGAUAAUGGUGUCACCCUGUUUUCUGAUAAUGAAUACAGGAUCUUAACUAAUGAUAACUAUUCUUAUCCUAUUCCAAGUAAACAUGAAAUAAUAUCUGCUCUUUCUGUUGGUGGAAGAUGGAUUACAUCAAAAGAAAACUUACAGCUUGAUCCAUCCAAUUCCAGACUUCUAUUUUUAAAGUGUGCAAGCCUUGGUUUCUUAUUUGAGCAUGCCUGGACUCUAUCAUCAACUCAACAAGGACAAUACCUACAUAUUCUAAUGGAUAUAAUGGAAAAAGUUGCUGAUGGUGUUAUAAGGCCCAAUGUUUACCAUACCGUCUCCUUUGAUUCUGUGCCAGAAACUAUGAAAAAAUUGCCAAGUGUCCGUGUUGGGAAGAUUGUCAUGAAAAUGGACUGAUUGUUUUGGUGACUGCACAUGCUAAAGUUUCAGGGAUGUUAACUUAUAUGGAUUUUCUGUAGUUUCUACUGAAUUUAACUCCUAUUACUAACCUUUUAAAAACUCUUAAAGAAUCAAAUUUUCAGUUUUCUUUCAUCAUUUUUUAGUAAUUUUUUUUCUUUAAAUUAUCUCUUUUUCAUUAUACACUAGAAGAUCUAUAUAACGCAGUUCUCUAUAAAUUUCAUUUACUUUACUAUCUCUAAAGUAAUUUAUUAGAUUUCAUUUCUAAUGCUCUUGAUUAUUUCACUUUUUCUGUAAAUAAUACUCCAUCAAAUGAAUAUUUUUAUAUUAAAGUAUUUUAUUUAAAAAAUUAUUUUAAAAUAUUAAUAUCGAUCUGCCUCAGAUAUCACCUUUUUCAGAAUCUAAGUUUAAUGAUAUGUGAAAGUAUCUGUAUAACACCAAAUUCCAUAAAAUCCAAUUCUUUGCGUCUCAAUGCUUGUGUUAUAAAGGUCUUCUUAUCUUUCUUACAAUAUUGAGGCAAACUCUUAUUUUUAUUGAACUUAUUUAUUCAUUUUGUAAUUUAAUUUUUGUUUUUCUAUUUUUAUAAAUUCUGAUUGCAAAUCUCUAUGCAAUUAAAUAUAUUAGAACUUCUAGUUAUUGAAAAAAUAACUUCUAGAAUGUUGAUGAAAUGUUGCAUUGCAAUAUUCUAUGGAAAAUUAAUUCUAUGAAAAAAUUGCUCUAUAAGUAUGGAAAAUCUUUAUUUCUGGUUGGCAUCCCUGUAUUUCAUUCAUUGUUUUUAGAAAGCAAGCUCUACAUUUGAAAUGUAGCUCUUUUACUUUCAGAUACAGUUUUGAUCUCAACAGCAUUCAGUAUGUGUUUUAAAUGCUAAAUGUUCUGUCGAUGCAUAUAUUUAUUUAUAAUUAUUAAGUACUAAUUUUAAAAUUUUCAUCUACCAUAUAAUUAUAAUUUAUUUACAUUUAAAUCAAAUACAUGGAGGUGCAUCUUCUAAUGCUGUUAUUUACAUUGAAAUUGAGUCUAUGAAUGAGAGUCAAUCUUCUACUGAUGUUAUUUACCUUGAAACUGAGAAUAUGAAGGUCUAUCUUCUAAUGAUGUUGUUUAUAAUACUGAAAUUGAGUAUAUGAAAGUUUAUCUUCCUGUGACUAUUACGAGACUAAGUACGUCAUUAAUAAAACUAGUCAAAUAUCUCCUAGUCAAGAUUAUUGAAAUUCCUUUUUCUGUACACCUAUUUGAAAGGGGAAAAAGCAUGCUAAAAUGAAAUGCUUAAAUUUAAAUAUAUGACUUUUUUUAAGUAUUAAAAGAUGAAAUUUUAUUAGAUAAAAAUGCUAGUCAUUUUUUAUUAAUAAAAAUGUUGCUUUCCAUAUUAUAAUUUAUAGGUGUUUAAUUUUUUUCUUCUUUUUUAAGUAGAAAAAUUUUAACAUCAUCCUAAGGUUUUAUGGUGCUUAAAAUGUCAUUAGAAUUGAUUUCAUGUUUCUUAUUAUACACAUAGCCAUAUAUAUCAUUAGUAAUGUAAUCAUAAAAUUUAUUUUUUAAUUGGUAUGUAUUACUCUUAUUUUAAACAAGACAUGUUAUAAUGCUGGACAUUAUUACAAAAAUUGUUACAUGAAAUUAUUGUACAGAUUUUUAAAAAUUUAGAAUUUUAAUUAUAUUCUACCAUAUAAAGUUCAAAAAUACGCCCAUUGAGAAAACUUAAUUUUAAUAAAAUGGACAUUUCAAUAUAGUGUUCAUUUAAACAAAUUAUUAUAAGCACAAAUAUCUAUUGAACUCAAAAGGAAUCUUGAAAAUUAGAAAUAGCAUGUCUUCCGUAAUAAUAUUCUGUUCUUGUUUUAGUUAAAUUUAACUAAAAAUAUAUAUGCAGGUUGAAUAUUUUUGAAAUUUUAACAAAAUUAGUAUAUUGUAUGAAAAAUAUGCUUGAUAUUUAUUGUUUACUAAAAUCUAUUUAAAUUGUUUAUUUAUUACAUUUGAUUAUAUCUUUCUUCUAGCAGCUCACUAUACACACACUCAUAUAUAUCUAAAUAUAAAGAUCCAUACUACUUUUAUGGAAGUAUGAUGAUGUUUAAAACCAUCUUAAAAAUUUUAAAGCAUCAAGUUCUCUUCUUUUUUUCUUUUUUGUUGUAAAAUUGCAAUAAGAAAAGUUUUUCUUGUUAAAUUAGGAUGCAAUUUUAUGUAUACUUUCGCGUAUAACGGUUUAAAGUGAGAUUAAUUUUAUAAAUAUAGUUAUAAAAGUUUACUUGAAUUUCAGUUUUUAGGAAAUGAAAUUAUGUUUUUAAAUCUUUUUUUUUUCAUAUUAAGUUAUAUACUGAGGUAUUUCUCCAUUUAGUUAUGAGCAUAAUUUUUUUCUAAAUGCUCUUUCUCAUUUAAUAAAUUAGAAUUUUAAUCUCUACUAAUGCAGAAUUUCAAUUUUUUUAUAGCACAGUUUUUUUAUCUUUGAUAUAGCACUGUUAUAAUGUAAACUUUAGUUAAUUAAUGACUUACCCCUUUUGCACAGACCAGUGCUUAAAUGUAACAUCAAACUUAGAUAUUUCUCCUGAGUAACAUGUGAGGGUCGCUCAUCAAAAUAUGUGCCAUGAAGUUAAAUUAAGCCGCUAUUCAGUACAAAGGAGGUAAUUUUAUUGAGCUACUACUGUUUGUUUUACUAUUAUUUUGAAAAUAUUUUUUAGAUAUAGAAUUUGUGUGGUAUUCUAUACUUAUGUAUUAUAUUUUAAUAGCUGUGUAGUUAUAAAUAAAUAAAAACUC